AUCCACUCCAACUCUUCAUUUGACACCUGUUCUGCGCCGUGUUACACUCAACUCUCUCUCGGAAGUUGCUCACUCUCUAUCGACUUCAUCCAUCUCCUAAACAGUCACCUCUCCUUCAAGUCGCUUGAUCAACGGAGCACUGUCACUGUUAAGGGCAAACAUGGGUUGCUGGGGUCCCGAUCUUUUCCAAUCUGAUCACGACUAUGAUAUAGUCAGUGAACUGACCCACGAAGCGGGGGUCUAUGACCUUGAGAAUGCAGAGCGUGCGAAAGCCUCCGCGGGGGACGAGAUACAUUACUCUCUCUAUGCGCCUCUCUGCACCAAUGUCCCUGCUGUCCGUCAGCAUCUAGACGGGGGCGUGCUAGAGAAGUUGAUCACCGAGAAAGAGAAGAGCCUGGCUAUCGUUCCUAAGGAUCCCCUUGCCAACUUCGGUCGCGAUCCAUGCUACGUUCUCGUCCUCCUUGGAGCUUGUGCCAUGACGCUCGGGUGCAAGCUCCCGGAUUCAUACCUGACUUUGUUGAAAAAGAUGAAAAAAGCUCUAUUCGGAUCAAAUGGGUACAAGAACGGUGAGCCGUACGAUUUUGAAUCCAAGGAUCUCGUCCAAACUGCCAACUCGAUGGAAGACGAAGGCCUACCCACCAUCGGUGGGUUCCAAGGUAUGAACAUGCCCGGACCCGGUGGCCUUUUCAGUACUGGUAUGGGAGAUUCGGAAUCUUCCAAGAUCAUCAAGGAGUUCCGCGCUAUCCGCAACGGCUCAAAGACCUGUGGAGGCUGUGGUGUCAUUACCGGUCCGGAUGGUGCGGCAUUGUUGCGCUGCGGAAAGUGCAAGGAGCGUAGGUACUGCACUGUCCAGUGCCAGAAGAAGCACUGGAAGCUUCACAAGAUGUGGUGUCAGACAAAGAUGGACUGA